AUGAGGGUACAAGUGCAUCAAACAGAUCGGAUUGUCGAGUUGAUAAAGUUGGUGCAACGCCUUUUCAUCUCCAACUUGAAAGUCAUAAUUGUGAUCGCCGCCGUAUUAUUACUAGUCUUCUACAUCAAAUCCGUCCACCACACCCUUUCACUGGACCACAACUGGUCUAUAACGGGCAACCACUUUGACGAUAACCUCGACAAGAUUCGCCUUGAUCUGCAGUACGCAGUCAUCAUUGAUGCGGGAAGCAGUGGCAGUCGAGUUUACAUUUACGUCUGGCCGCCGCAUUCGGGUGAUACUAGGCAGUUAUUAAAAAUUCGUCUACUUCAUGACCAAGGCGGCAAGGACGUAUUUCACAGCAUCACACCUGGAUUGUCGUCCUACGCUUCGCAUCCGGAAAAUGCUUCCGACUACAUUACCCCUUUGCUGAACUUUGCAGCUGAAAACAUUCCCAAAACGAAGCAUAAAGAGACUCCGCUGUACAUUUUAGCAACUGCGGGCAUGCGUCUUUUACCGAAAUCAUCGCAAAACUUGAUACUAGAUGAUUUGAGGAAAGAUAUUCCAAAAAAUUUCUCUUUUCUCUUUACGCCGGGAAAUGUUCAAGUGAUAUCAGGCAAAGAAGAGGGCAUCUACUCCUGGGUUUCCAUCAAUUACCUCAUGGGCAGGUUCGAUCACACACUGGCCAAAGCUCCGCUCGUUGACGUGGAGAUGAAAGACCAGCGGCGGCUGAAGCGGAUGAAUACCAUUAGCAUGAUGGAAAUGGGUGGCGCCAGCACGCAAAUUGCUUUUGAAAUAACUUCCACCGAGCAGUACAAUGCACUGAGGGAAGUCUUUCAUGGCGAUUCUUUCAAGGACAUGGUUUCGGAGUUUAACCUCGGCUGCCAGGAACAUGACACGAAUCACCAGUACAGGCUAUUUGUUACCACGUACCUGACACUAGGUGCCAAUGCAGCACGGAAGAUGUACACCCAGCACCUCAUUGACAGCUGGACUGAGCACAAUUAUGUUAACACUUCACUGAACACACUGGAGACGGUUCUCUUUGAUCCCUGCCUUUCAAUUGACAGCUCGGAGAUGGUCAACAUCACCAGGCCUAGUCAGCUGAACAAUGGAAGCACCACGUUUCUCUAUCAUCUCAAGGGCAGUGGUGAUUUCAACCUCUGUCAGCAAAAGGUGAAGCAAAUUAUAACUGUUGAUGGUCUAAAAUGGUGCAAUAACGGCACCUGUCCAUUUCAAGAUUUGCACAAAGUGUCUGUCCCCUUUGUGGAUACUGAGUUUUAUGGCCUUUCCGAGUUUUGGUACUCUAUGAAUGACAUCUUUUCAAUGGGCGGUCCAUACUCCAAUAAUCUAUAA